AUGUCUGAGGCAUCUAAGACCUUGGGAAACAAGCUGAACGAUGCGUGGGAGAACCUGACGCAGCCCCAUCGUCCUGGCCCGGAAGUAGGUGCCGACCUUCAGGCUCAGGCUGCUGCCUAUGACUAUGCGAACGCUGCACCUACCGCGGAGGAGGCUGCACGGAACGCUGCUGACCUGGCUGCCGCCAAGACAGAUGUAGCGCAUGAGGAAGCGGUGUCUGGGCUGCGUGGCACCGGGGAGUACUUGGCCGAUGCUGCAGCAGGAGCUCAGUCCAGCCUCGCCACCGCAAAGGAGUAUGCCACGAGUGCCUCCGCAAGCCUGGCAGACACCCAUGCUGCCACCCAGGAAUCCGCUCACAACGCGCAAGCGAGCGCUGUAAGCUCAUUGCGUGAUGCCGGCACCCACAUUGCUGGGGGGCUGGAGGUGGCUGGCGAGAAAGCGGGGGAUACAGUGUCUGCCAUCCGCAGCAAGCUGGGCCUUUGA